AUGACGUUUAAAAAAUCAUAAGGUGACGUAUGUCAUCUGCCUAAAAAAAUUACAAAAUUAGUUUUUUAUAUUUUGAUAACAACCAUUAUGUAUAAUAUUUUGAAAUAAGCACUACAUUUGCUGCUGAACAAUGAUUGAAACUGGCAGCGCGGAUACCGCAACAGCUGUAACACCAGCGGCAAACCCGGAAGUUGCACAAGAUGAUGAUGAUAUCGCACGGCCAGAAGCGACGUUUCGUUUCACUGUCCAAAAUAUAAGUCAGCUGAAGGAGCAAGUGCUAUCACCUCCUUGCUUCGUAAGGUGUCUUCCGUGGAAGAUACUUAUACUCCUUAGACACACGACGACACCGGACCGUCAGCAACAGAAGGCGUUGGGAGUGUUUCUUCAAUGCAAUGGCGACUGUGAUUCACCUGGAUGGUCGUGUUACGGUUUGGGGGAGUUGAAGCUCAUGUCUCACAAGCAGGAUGGUGGACACCUUUGUCGGAAGCUUCAUCAUAUGUAUCACUGUAAAGAAGACGACUGGGGUUUCGCGCACUUUAUAUCCUGGGACGACUUGAUGGACCUUGAAAACGGAUUUGUUAAGGAUGAUGCGAUCACUAUAGAGGCUCACGUUGUUGCUGAAGCACCUCACGGUGUCUCAUGGGAUUCGAAGAAACAUACGGGAUUUGUUGGGUUAAAAAACCAAGGAGCAACAUGCUACAUGAACUCCCUUCUCCAGACUCUGUUCUUCACGAACGUAUUACGUAAGGCUGUAUACAAGAUACCCACGGUGGGUGACGACAGCUCGAGAUCCGUCGCCUUCGCGUUACAACGCGUGUUCUACGAUUUGCAGUUCUCGGACAAACCCGUCGCAACUAAGAAACUCACCAAGAGUUUUGGUUGGGAGACGUUAGACUCUUUCAUGCAACAUGAUGUUCAAGAAUUCUUACGGGUACUAUUAGAUAAGCUUGAAAACAAAAUGAAAGGGACGGUGGUGGAGGGCACGGUACCGAAACUGUUCGAGGGUAAAAUGACGUCAUUCAUAAAGUGCAAGAACGUGAACUGUACCAGCACACGAGUCGAAACGUUCUACGACAUACAACUCAGUGUAAAGGGAAAGAAUAAUAUCUACGAGUCCUUCAAAGACUACAUCAGUACGGAGCUAUUGGACGGCGAGAACAAGUACGACGCGGGCGAGCACGGGCUGCAGGAGGCGGAGAAAGGCGUGAGGUUCGACGUCUUCCCGCCUGUACUGCAUCUGCAUCUCAUGCGGUUCCAGUACGACCCGCAGAGCGACGCCUCGGUCAAAUUCAAUGACAGGUUCGAGUUCUUCGAGGAAGUGAACUUGGACCCGUACCUGCAGGAGAUCCCGUCGACGCCGGCGCACUACACGCUUCACGCGGUGUUAGUGCACUCGGGGGACAACCACGGGGGACACUACGUGGUCUUCAUCAACCCUAAGGGCGACGGGAAGUGGUGCAAGUUCGAUGACGACGUAGUAUCUCGGUGCAGUAAGCAGGAAGCUAUCGAGUACAACUACGGCGGCAAGGAGGACGCGCCGCACCUAGCGCGGCGAGCCACCAGCGCAUACAUGCUUAUAUACAUACAGACAUCGCAAUUAAAAUACGUGUUGCAAGAGUGUACAGAGAGCGACAUCCCGACGGACCUGUGCGAGCGCAUCAGCGAAGAGAUGCGAUACGAGAUGGUAAGAACAUGCGGCAGAAAAAUAAGAUGCAGGAAAUUUAAAUCUGAUACGUCUGUCACCUCCGCCAAGUACUAUGCGAAGAUAUUCAGCGCACUAAAACAGUUCUUCACUUUGCAGGCCCUAGCCGGCUCUAAAUAUAAAGGAAGAUAAUGAACGACACGGACCACUCAACACUGUCCAAAUUUUUUUAACAUUAUACAGUUUUUGAAAUUAUUACAGAGUGUUUACCGAUAAAUAUAGUAAAUUUGUCAGGUAGGUAAUUAAGCUUUAUAUAAUCUGAAUAUAUUUUCUUUGUGUAUAUUUUAUUGUAAUUAUUUAUGUACCACUGUUAAUAAAAUUUGUUGCGAUAUUG